AUGAGCUCUUACAGCAGUGAUGAUUUCAACUUCUCGGCUCUGGCCGAUUACUCGCCUUGGAGGCCAAUGUCUCGAACGAGUACUCCGAUUCCGCCUGCAGCGGGUGUAGGUAUAAGCCUGAACAACCUUUCACCGCUAUCGUCACUGGCGACGCCGCCCCUGCCAGGGGCCUCGGCCGUAGGGGUAGGCACUCCCGUCGCGGGUACGACCCAGACCAAUGUCACGGCGGGUGUCGGUAGCGCCGGUUCGGGGUCCUCACGCGCCAACGUCACCACGGGCGUGGGUACGUCCAAUUCGUCGCGUCGAAUGGUAAGACGUUCACCCACACCGACAGACGCCACACCUUUGGCACGGGCUGUUCGAGGAGGGAAACGACCGAGACGCGUCCCACGUCAAAACACGCCGACGUCCCCCAGUGAUGCGGGGAGCCGAAGAAGAAGUAGCGCCAGUGGUAGCGGUGGAAACAGAGGCAGAGGCAGAGGUAGAGGUAGAGGCGGAGGAGGUGGAGGCGGAGGCGGAGGCGGCGGAGGUGGUGGUGGUGGAAGUGGUAGUGACUCCACACCGCCUUCGUCGGUGACAUCGGGUCGAGGAAGAAGAAGAAGGCGAGGCACACGUGUUCUCGACCAAGCACAGAUGCAGCAACAAUUGGAGGAGAUUUUGCGCCAACAACAACAAACGGCCGCGGGUCGUCGCAUUGUGGGCAUCACAACCACGAAUACGAUCACGACCACCUAUAAGAACGGACAACGUCCUACGGUGACUCGCAAUUCGACCAGUGUGCGUAACUGA